UAUUUUGGCCUGUUUUUAGACUGUACAUUUUAAGUGUCGUCUGCUCAGACGAGAUACAACAACAAAAAACAUUUCAGUGUUAGGAAAAGAGGAAAAUGGCAGCAGUUGGUGAGCCUCUGUCUCUUGCCAAAGAUGUGAACAGAGCAGUUGAACUUUUAGAAAAGCUACAAAAGAGUGGUGAAGUGCCUGUCACUAAGUUAGCAGCACUGCAGAAAGUUCUGCAAAGUGAUUUCCUUACAUCAGUAAGAGAGGUGUAUGAGCACGUCUACGAAACUGUGGAUGUGCAGGGCUCUCAAGAUGUGCGGGCAUCAGCAACAGCAAAGGCCACUGUGGCAGCGUUUGCAGCUAGUGAAGGACAUGCCCACCCUCGUGUUGUGGAGCUUCCCAAAACUGAAGAGGGACUGGGCUUCAACGUGAUGGGAGGCAAAGAGCAGAAUUCUCCUAUCUAUAUCUCACGCAUCAUACCUGGUGGUGUAGCAGAUCGACAUGGUGGGCUCAAACGUGGUGAUCAGCUACUCUCUGUCAAUGGUGUGUCAGUGGAGGGUGAAAACCACGAGAAGGCAGUGGAGCUACUCAAACAGGCUGUGGGGUCAGUGAAACUUGUUGUCCGUUACACGCCCAAGGUGCUAGAGGAGAUGGAGAUGAGAUUCGACAAACAGCGGGCAGCUAGGAGGAGACAGCAGUACUAGACAUCAACUGUUAUGAAAGAAAUUGUAAUGGACAAGAAAAUUUGAGUCAGAUCAGAUAAAGGUUCCAUAAAAUUAUUCCUUCUCUGGAUAAUUUAAUGUAUAUGAUGAGAUGUGCAAGUGUAAUAUAAAAGCCGUGUUUUUGAGCGUGGAGUGUUAGAUGUUGAGAACUUGUUCUGUGUCUCAUGAGAUAUAAUAGUAUAACAACAGGAAUAAUAGAAGAUGUGAUAAUGUUUCUAAAUAUUAUUGGUGUUAUACAAUUAAGUAUAUUGCUAAACUAGGUCAGAUCAUUAGACCAAAUCAAUAAAUUAAUAUUUAUAACAUAUCAAUAUUGUUAUUGCUAUCACUGUAAUUCUUUACGUAAAUUUUAUGAUAAAAAUAAAUUUUGAUCUAAAUUUCAAAAUUAAGUGUUUUAAGCAAGACUUUAUUUUGCCCACCUCCUUGAACCAGAAUUUGUAUAAUAAUCUUGUCAGACAGGAUUCACUAGACAAGUCAGACUGUACAUAUUAUCAUAAAAAUUGCUUACGUCUGUUUAGAUUGUUGGAAUUUGAACAUAUGUAGGUAAUACAGGCUAUUGGACUGUCAAUCAAUCGGUCUGUUAAUGUCUUAUAUGCUUGAAUUUUUGGUUACUUGCUUUCUCUAUUUUAGUGAAAGUAAAAAAAAUUAAUAAUUAGGCUGAUUGUAAACAUUUCACCAAGAAGAUUUUAUAUUUUAAGUCAGAAGCAUCUUACAUUCUUGAAUUAUAUUUUUAACUGAUCUGACUUUCAAGUUCUCUCUAUAUGAACUGAAUGUAGUGAUUUUACCGUACCAAUAAUGUUGUUCUCAAUGUUGUUACUAUUAAUUAUAAUUCUUUAUUGUGCUCCUCACCAAAUUGAAACUGCCUAAGAAUAGGAGCACUAUAAAAUUUGCAUAAGUAUAGUACCAAUUUGUAUUAAAGCUCCCAAGGACAUUGUUUUUAACUAAUAAAAAACAGUUAUAGUGGCUAUAAUUUGUUUAAUUUUUUAUUUGCUAUUUAUUCCUGUGUAGCAUUAAUAAAAGAACAAUUUGGUCGUGCCAAUGUAUGUUGGUUUAUUAAGCUUGUGCCACCGAUUUAAGUUACAAGAUCAAAUAGAUUUGUAAGAAAUUAGUUGGGUCUGUUAAAUAAAACAGUAGAUUAAGAUUCUUAUUUUUUAUUUUCCUUUGAUGACUAGUAAGUACUUAAUUCGAGUGCCGUUAGUGUUAUAUAACAUUUUAUAUUUUCAUUGGAAUAACAUUGCUCCCUUAUCCUCAUUGAAAUGAUAAAAAUAGACUCAUUUUAUAUUAAACCUUAAGAAAGAAUAUUUUCCAGACAGAUUGAUAGAGUAUUUUUGUUGUUACGGUCAUAAGGAGAUGUAUCACUAAAUAAAUAGGUAUAUACACACUUAUUUAGUGUUUACCAAUCUACACUGAUUUUCAAUGUCAACAAAACAAUCCAAUCAAUAAUAACAAACAAAUGAAUUAAUCUAGAUUUGUAUAAGAUUUUAAAAAUCAAAGUUAAAAUGAUGCGUUCAGUUUUUCACAUAUACUAUGAAGCUAUGAAAGGCAAUUAAUAUAUUGAAAAUAAUUAAUUUGAUGUUUUUGUACAGUCAGAUGUUAAUAACAGAACACAUAGACUUUUUAAAUUAUUUUUGUCAAUAAUUUUAAGACUUUUUAGUGAUACACAUUAGACUUCAAUUGAAUUAUAAAAUUGUCACAGGGUUUUGUUACUCUCUUUGUGGUUAUAAUUUAACAACAUCCUUACUCCAUUACAAAACUUUCUUUCUCCAUUACAGAUUAAGAACUUUACUGACAACAGUAAGUUAUUGAAAAAUACCUAUGGUGUUUUUUUAACAUAACACUAUACCACACUAUUGGAUAGUUUAUGGAGGUAAUAUUUUGAAUAAAUACGAAGAAGUUAUAUAAAGCUAAAUAAUAAGCUACUAAAACAGCAGCUAAAGGAUUGAUAGUUUCAUAUGCAAACUAUAUAACUUUUACCAAGCAUUUUAAUUCUGAAACUGUAGGUAAUAGGAUAAUAUUACUUCAUUUUAUUAAAAGCAAAACACACAGCUAGAAGUAAUGAAUGGAAUAUCUUAAAAAUUCUUAAUUCUACCCGCAUUAAAAUAAAUAAGGUAAUGUUAUGAUCCUCACAGUACAGUCACACGUGAUGGAACUGUUAUUGAGCCCAUACAUACAUCCUCCUUACAUUUCAACAUCUACUUUGACUUGUUUCUAAUAAAUAAACAUGAAUUAUUCCAAAUGAACAUUAAAGAGUUAUUUUGAAAUACGUCUUUCCACUGAUCCUCACAAUUUGAGAGUCUAACAACUCUGAUAAUGGUGCUAAAUUCAAUAUUUAGCUUCACCACUAGCAAAAUCACUCAAUUUAACAUAAAUACUCACAUUAGCCUGUUUUAGUUACAGAUUAUAAAGUAACUUUCUUUUUCAUGUUUGUGUGAAUAUUCAACACGUUAAGUUUGACUACAGUAUAAAAUGAAAUCGUAAGUAAUAUCCUAAUGGAUGUUUAAUUCCAAUAAAAUGAUAAAGAAAUUUAAUCAUCAGAUUUAUGAAAAAAUUGUAAAUAAUUAUGCAUUUUAAGAGUUAAUAUCUUAUUGUAUUUAUAUGGUGUUACUGGUUCUAUACAUUACAACAUUUUUACAUUACACGUGUAUACAAAAUGUUCACUAUUUUAUUUAUAAAGACUUGUUCAUCAAAAACUUUUGUUGAUGUAUAUGUCAAUGAGAGCUUCUUUCCUUUUUAUUUUAAGUUACCACCUAUAAUUAUAGAGAACUUCAUUUGUAGUCUGUAUCCAUUAUAAACCAAAUCCUUUCUAGUACUUAACUUUUGAGGUUGCCACUAAUGAAAGUCAUAGAGAACUUGGUAAAUGUUUAAAAUUAUAAAUUGUUACUAUUUGUUUUUACAUUUAAUAUUGUUACUAAAUAAUAUUUUUUAACAUUUAUAUUUAUUACCAAGCUAAAAUAAUUUUUGAAAAUAUACAAUAUUGAUUUUUAUUAAGCCUUCCUCUUGGUAUUUUAAAAACUAAUUUCAUGGAUAUUAUUUAGAAUAGGCUGUAUUGUUAACUAUGUUAAAUUAUUAAAUGUGUUAAGCUCUAAAAUA